UAUAAAUUACUAAAAAUGUUAAAUAUCUCACACUAAAAUUUUGUGAUUAAUAGUUUAACUUUUUUUUUUGUAAUAACAAGAUACAAAUAUAUUCCAGCAACAUGCAAAAUAUCUAGACGCUUUUUGUUUUGUUUUGUUUUUGGUUUUGAUUUUUAUAUUUAGAUAUUGUAUUAAAAUCAAGUCUUACUUGAUUGUAAUAAUAUCGAAAGGUAUCUAAUUGCGACCUGUUCUUAUGAUUUCUUAUAUGUUAAUUAAGAUAUGCGUAUUUAUCUUGUUUAUGCACAUGUUCAUAUUAUAUUUAUUUUUCCAAAUUUUACAACCGUUUUUAUUUCGGUGGCAAAAGAACAAAAACGUAAAAUGUGGAGCUAUGCCGAGAAGCAAAUAAACAAAUGUCACAAAGAAAAGAAGAAGAAGCAAGAAUCUCUCUUUCCGAAGGUCACGGUCACGAAUCUCGCAGGUAAUCAGUCUCUCCCGAUCGUUCGUCCCUUGAAGAGCUUUUCAAAUUUUCUGGGAGUUUGUUUAAUCGGCGAGAAUAAAUAUAUAAUUCAUUCGCCAUGAAUGAGAAUUUAGAGGAAAAAAAGUAUAUUCUGAUCCGUGAUGGUGAUGAGGAGGAGAAUGAGUUAGGAGGACUCUUCUAUAAGCCUCUUCCUUGCUUUGGUUUUGGAAUCGGAUGGCUCUCGUUUCUUGUUGGAUUCGUCUUCCCGUUUGCGUGGUACUUUGCCACAUUUCUAUAUCUAACAAACUAUUACCGCAGAGAUCCUCGGGAACGAUCUGGUCUUGCUGCCUCUGCUAUUGCUGCUCUGAUAUUCAGUGUUGCACUUGUGAUCACUGUUCUUGUACUUGUUUUCUCGUGUCGCUAAUUCUUUCUGGGGUUUUCAAAAGAAACAGCUUCAAGUCUGUUUCCAGAAGUGAAAGUAUUAUAUUUUGAUGAAGAAGAGGAGGUAUACCCGCUAGUCCUUUUAGACUCAAAGUUUGGUUUGUUCUUGUACAUAGAUUGUUGUCAGCUUAUUAAAAGUUCAAAAAUGUGAUACCUAACUGUUGGAAGAGAUCUAUAUAGCUUCAGGCUUGUAUGUUAUUUUAUUCACAUUAGAGUC